GCUGCUUUGGCUGUCUCCAAUGGAGCUCAGGGGUCCCCAGUGCUGCUCAGGGGUCCCCAAUGCAAUCCGAGGGUCUCCCUUCCUGCCCAGGGGUCCUCACCACUGCCAGUGUGUCCCCAGUGGUACUUGAGGGUCCCCAAUACUAUCCGAGGGUCUCCAUUCCUGCCCAGGAGUCCCCAACGCUGCCAGAGUGCCCCCAGUGCUGCCCAGAGGUCCCCAAUCCUGCCCUGGGGUCCCCAGUGCUGCCAGAGUGUCCUCAAUCCUGCCCAGGGGUCCCCAACGCUGCCAGAGUGUCCCCAGUGCUGACCAGAGGUCCCCAGUCCUUCCCAGAGUGUCCCCAGUCCUGCCCAGGUGUCCCCAGUCCUGCCCAGGAGUCUCCAGUGCUACCAGAGUGUCCCCAAUCCUGCCCAGGGGUCCCCAGUCCUGCCCAGGGGUCCCAUGUCCCCUCCCCUCGGGGUCUCUCCCCAGGCCGCGAUGCCGCUGCAGCCCCUGGUCUGUGCUGACACAACCACGCGGGUGAGCUCGGUGCUGAACCGGGACGUGAAGCAGUUUGGGAAGCAGCACAUGUUCGACGCCAGCGAGGAGACCUGCUGGAACUCGGACCAGGGCACGUGCCAGUGGGUCACCCUGGACUUCCCCCGCCCCGUCAAGGUCUCGCAGCUCCAGGUCCAGUUCCAGGGGGGAUUUUCCAGCCGGCUGUGCACGCUGGAAGGCUGCAGAGCAGGUGAAGAGCUGGUGAAAAUCUCCGAGCUGUACCCCCAGGACAGCCAUGCCAUGCAAAGGUUCCAGGUGGAGGAGAAGGUGCUGGACAGGCUGAAGAUCACCUUUGAGAACAGCACAGACUUCUUUGGCAGGAUCGUGGUCUAUCACCUGGGGGUGCUGGGGGAGAGGCUGUAGGACACUGGGGGGGCUGCCCCCGCCCCUGGGGGGCUCUGAAAACCUGCCCCAGCUGCCCCCCAAGGAACCUCCAUCCCCGGGGAUGGCAGUGAUGGAGGGCCACUGCCAAAGGAUCCCCGUGGGAUCCCCUGGGUGGGACUCGGGUGUGCAACCAGAUGAAUAAAGGGUGUCCCUGCUCCCU